AUGGGCGCUCUUCUCUCGUUGCCGCUGCUGGCUGUGCCUAGCAUGGGAACUGUCAUCGGAUUCGCAGCAAGCUGUUGCGGAGCGGCAACAUGCUCGGCUGUCUGCAGUGCUUGUGGAAAAUGUGGCAACAGUGUUGCCACGCGUAUCGCCUACGCUCUUAUCCUCCUCGUCAACUCCAUAUUGUCGUGGAUCAUGCUCACACCUUGGGCUAUCAAUAAGCUCCAGAAACUUACUCUCGAUUACAUGACGAUACGCUGUCCGGACGGGGAAUGCUAUGGUUGGGUUGCCGUCCAUCGGAUCAACUUUGCUCUCGGCAUCUUUCACUUGAUAAUGGCUGGACUGCUGCUCGGCGUCAACUCCUCAAAGAACCCACGGGCUGCGAUCCAGAACGGAUUUUGGGGUCCAAAGAUCAUCGCCUGGUUGGCUCUGAUCGUGGUGUCGUUCUUCAUCCCAGAAGCAUUCUUUAUGUUCUGGGGUAAUUACAUUGCAUUUUUUGGAGCCACCAUGUUCCUCUUACUCGGCCUCGUCCUGCUCGUAGAUCUGGCACACACAUGGGCUGAGUACUGCCUGGAGAGGAUUGACGCGACGGAUUCUCGUGUCUGGAGAGGAGUAUUGAUUGGAUCUACGCUCGGCAUGUAUGCAGCCUCGCUUGCUAUGACAAUCAUUCAGUACAUCUUCUUCGCGGGCGGCGGCUGCACUAUGAAUCAGACUGCCAUCAGCCUGAACUGGAUUUUCUUUAUUAUAGUCUCCAUUAUCUCGGUACAUCCGGCUAUUCAGGAAUACAACCCUAAAGCUGGACUGGCUCAAUCUGCAAUGGUCGCCGUCUACUGCACCUAUCUCACCAUGUCGGCCGUUUCCAUGGAACCCGAUGAUCACAAGUGCAAUCCUCUUAUUCGUGCACAAGGUACCCGGAAAACAUCUAUCGUCAUAGGUGCCAUUGUUACCAUGCUUACCGUCGCCUAUACUACUACUCGUGCUGCCACUCAGGGUGUAGCGCUGGGCGGGAAGGGCAAGAGUGUUAGGCUCCCAGACGACGAUGAGCAUGAUUUGGUCACUCAGCAACCCGAUAGCCGCCGUGAGAUGCGCGCUGCAGCUUUAAGGCAAGCCGUUGAGGAAGGAAGUCUUCCAGCAGAUGCACUCUUAGAGGAUGACGACGACGACAGUGAGAGUGGAAACACCGCAAAGGACGACGAGCGAACAUCGACACAAUACAGCUAUGCGCUGUUCCACAUUAUCUUCUUCAUGGCCACUGCAUGGGUAGCAACUCUCUUGACUAUGAAUAUUGAAGAAUCAACGAAGGAUGGCAGCGACUUCGCUCCUAUUGGACGCACUUACUGGGCGAGUUGGGUGAAAAUCAUUAGUGCUUGGGUGUGUUACAGUAUGUACACAUGGACUCUAGUUGCGCCGAUUGUUUUGCCAGACAGAUUUGACUUCUCGUAA